ACCCAUGUAGCUCACGAAGAUCCGUAUAUAAGGGCAGCUUGUAUGCAAGACUCUUUAGUCGACUCCAGACUCAGCACGCGCACCAGUUCUUCUGAACUACCAUCAUGUGUGACGACGAGGAAUCUUGCCCUAUAGUGUGCGACAAUGGCUCCGGCAUGGUCAAGGCCGGCUUCGCUGGUGACGACGCUCCCCGCGCCGUCUUUCCUUCCAUCGUCGGCCGUGCUCGUCACCAGGGUGUGAUGGUCGGUAUGGGUCAGAAGGACGCCUAUGUCGGUGAUGAGGCCCAGAGCAAGAGAGGUAUCCUGACUCUCAAAUAUCCUGUAGAACACGGUAUCAUCACCAACUGGGACGACAUGGAGAAGAUCUGGCAUCACACUUUCUACAACGAACUACGUGUUGCUCCUGAGGAGUCUCCUACGUUGCUGACUGAGGCUCCCCUCAACCCCAAAGCCAACCGCGAGAAGAUGACACAGAUUAUGUUUGAGACUUUUGGUAUGCCUGCCAUGUACGUGGCCAUCCAGGCUGUCAUGUCUCUGUACGCGUCAGGUCGUACCACUGGCAUGGUCAGCGACUCUGGUGACGGAGUCAGCCACAACGUUCCAGUUUUUGAAGGUUACGCCUUGCCACACGCCAUGCUCAGACUUGACCUGGCCGGUCGUGACCUGACCAUGUACCUAAUGAAAAUCAUGACUGAGCGUGGCUACUCCUUCACCACUAGUGCAGAACGUGAGAUUGUCCGUGACAUCAAGGAGAAACUCUGCUACAUCGCCCUUGAUUUUGACAAUGAAAUGAACGUUGCUGCUGCUUCCUCCUCCCUGGACAAGUCCUACGAGCUUCCUGACGGUCAAAUCAUCACCAUCGGCAACGAGCGUUUCCGAGCACCUGAAGCUCUGUUCCAGCCAUCCCUCUUGGGCAUGGAAUGUGCAGGCAUUCACGAGACUGUUUACCAAGGCAUCAUGAGAUGCGACAUUGACAUCAGAAAAGACUUAUUCUGCAACAUUGUCAUGUCUGGUGGUACCACCAUGUACCCUGGUAUUUCCGACCGCAUGCAAAAGGAACUAACAAACUUGGCUCCCUCCACCAUCAAGAUCAAGAUCAUUGCUCCUCCCGAGCGUAAGUACUCCGUCUGGAUCGGUGGUUCCAUCCUGGCCUCCCUGUCCACCUUCCAGUCCAUGUGGGUCUCAAAAGAAGAAUAUGAUGAGUCCGGCCCCGGCAUCGUCCACCGCAAGUGCUUCUAAAUACAUAUAAUUUGA